GGCAGCACCCUCUCCUCUGGUGAAUGCGAGGUGGGGGAGCCAACGGCAGCUGUUCCCACGACCGCCGGAAGACAGCCCAGUCCGGAAGCCAGCGCUGCCGGCCCUUGUCCCCUUCCCCCACUAUCCUCUCCACCCGCUCCCAGGGGCUGGAGUCUGGAAAACCACGCGGGAGGAGGUUGUGGGGAUAUGGACGAGCAUCCGAGGCCCCCGGGUGCGUACGGCUGCGCAUGAGUGGGCUGUAAUCGGGUGUCUGGGGUUACAGACGUUCCACGUUCCGUCUCCCUGUGCCAGCCCUCAGGACCUGAGCAGCGGCCUUGCCGUAGCCUAUGUGCUGAACCAGAUAGACCCCUCCUGGUUCAACGAGGCAUGGCUCCAGGGCAUCUCGGAAGAUCCAGGUCCCAACUGGAAGCUGAAGGUCAGCAAUCUGAAGAUGGUCUUACGGAGCCUAGUAGAGUACUCCCAGGAUGUCCUGGCGCAUCCUGUGUCAGAAGAUCAUCUCCCAGAUGUGAGCCUCAUUGGAGAGUUCUCAGACCCAGCAGAGCUCGGCAAGCUGCUUCAGCUGGUGCUGGGCUGUGCCAUCAGUUGCGAGAAAAAGCAGGACCACAUCCAGAGAAUCAUGACGCUGGAAGAAUCGGUUCAGCAUGUGGUGAUGGAAGCCAUCCAAGAGCUCAUGACCAAAGACACUCCUGACUCCCUGUCACCAGAGACGUAUGGCAACUUUGACAGCCAGUCCCGCAGGUACUAUUUCCUAAGUGAGGAGGCUGAGGAGGGGGACGAAUUACGGCAGCGCUGUCUGGAUCUGGAGCGGCAGCUGAUGCUCCUGUCAGAGGAGAAGCAGAGCCUGGCGCAAGAGAAUGCAGGGCUGCGGGAGCGGAUGGGUCGGCCUGAAGGCGAGGGUACCCCAGGUCUCACUGCCAAGAAGCUGCUGCUGCUGCAAUCCCAGCUGGAGCAGUUACAGGAGGAGAACUUCAGGCUGGAGAGUGGCAGGGAGGAUGAGCGCCUGCGCUGUGCCGAGCUGGAGAGGGAGGUUGCGGAGCUGCAGCACCGGAACCAGGCGCUGACUAGCCUGGCCCAGGAGGCACAGGCCCUGAAGGAUGAGAUGGAUGAACUACGGCAGUCCUCGGAGCGUGCUGGGCAGCUGGAGGCCACGCUGACCAGUUGCCGGCGCCGCUUGGGCGAGCUGAGGGAGCUGCGGCGGCAGGUGCGGCAGCUGGAGGAACGCAACGCCGGCCACGCCGAGCGCACGCGGCAACUGGAGGAUGAGCUACGCCGAGCCGGCUCCCUGCGCGCCCAGCUGGAGGCGCAGCGGCGGCAGGUGCAGGAACUGCAGGGCCAGCGGCAGGAGGAGGCCAUGAAGGCCGAGAAAUGGCUAUUUGAAUGCCGCAACCUGGAGGAAAAGUAUGAGUCGGUGACAAAGGAGAAGGAGCGGCUGUUGGCGGAGCGGGACUCCUUGCGGGAGGCCAAUGAGGAGCUGCGCUGCGCCCAGCUGCAGCCGCGGGGGUUGACCCAGGCCGAUCCCUCACUGGAUCCCACCUCCCCACCGGUGGAUAACUUAGCCGCAGAGAUCCUGCCUGCGGAGCUCAGGGAGACGCUCCUGCGGCUUCAGCUGGAGAACAAGCGGCUGUGCAGGCAGGAGGCGGCCGACCGGGAGCGGCAGGAGGAGCUGCAGCGCCACCUGGAGGAUGCCAACCGCGCGCGCCACGGGUUGGAGACGCAGCACCGGCUGAACCAGCAGCAGCUAUCCGAGCUGCGGGCCCAGGUGGAGGACCUGCAGAAAGCCCUGCAGGAGCAGGGGGGCAAGACUGAAGAUUCCAUUUUGCUGAAAAGGAAGCUGGAGGAACAUUUAAAGAUCCCUGGCUGCUGGAUGGAGUGGUUGAGAGUAGAAGCAGCUAGCAAGGGAAGAUGGUGGCUGAACCAACUUGGGAGCUUUGUGAUGGGAAGAAGUGGACAGCAGAGGGCUGUUCCAGGGCAGAAGCUUCAUGAGGCAGAUCUGGAGUUGCAGAGGAAGCGGGAGUACAUUGAGGAGCUGGAGCCACCCACUGAUAGCAGCACAGCCCGGCGGAUCGAGGAGCUGCAGCAUAACUUGCAGAAGAAGGACGCGGACUUGCGGGCCAUGGAAGAGCGAUACCGCCGCUACGUGGACAAGGCCCGCAUGGUCAUGCAGACCAUGGAACCCAAGCAGCGGCCAGCUGCGGGGGCACCUCCAGAACUCCAUUCCCUGAGGACACAGCUCCGAGAACGGGAUGUCCGCAUCCGACACCUGGAGAUGGACUUUGAGAAAAGCCGAAGUCAGCGGGAGCAGGAAGAAAAGCUGCUCAUCAGUGCCUGGUAUAAUAUGGGCAUGGCCUUGCAGCAGCGAGCCGGGGAGGAGCGGGCGCCUGCCCAUGCCCAGUCAUUCCUGGCACAGCAGCGGCUGGCAACCAAUUCUCGCCGUGGACCCUUGGGACGCCUGGCAUCUCUGAACCUUCGCCCCACUGACAAGCACUGACAGACCUCACAAUCAAGCCAGCCUGGGCUCCACCCACCCUGGCUUCCUCCAGCUCACAUGGCGCCCAGCACUGGGCUUCAGCCAGCUGCUCGAGAGCUUUGAGGCCAUGAUCUCUGCUCUUCCCUCUCCCAGAUUGGUGGGGAGGGAGGGCAGGAGGUAGAUAUAGGCCUGUUCUUUUUAGCAAUGUGAUUCUUGUCGUUGAUUCUCUCUCUGGAGUUCAUGUGCUGCCUCAGGAGACUCUGAUUUUAUAUUUGAGAAAAAUAAAGGCGUUCAAUCUGC